AUGGAAUUAUUACCAAAUGAAAUACUAUUACAAAUUUUUAGUUAUUUACACAAAUUGGAUGUUUUCCAUUCGUUCAAUGAUCUCAAUCAACGUUUUCAACAUAUAAUUGAAUCUUGUUUGUACGAAAUCAAUAUAAUUGAUUUAGGCAAUCAUUCUUUUAGACGCUGGUACUUCUUCAUUAAAGAUAUUUUUCCUAGACAUGUACAAUCUGUGCGAUCUCUAAAACUUGAAGAAGAACAACAAUUUGAAUUAUUUAAUCCUUAUAUUUCACAGUUAACUAGAUUAGAAUCACUUUCACUAAAAGCAGACAAUUGGCUAUAUCAUUAUGAUUAUUAUUAUUGGUUAAAUCAAUAUCUAACACGAGCUUUAUCAUUAUCAUCUUUAACAACGCUUACAAUUCAUGGAGUAACUAUUUCUACUCUAAAAAUUAUUUCUUUAUCCGCAUCGCGUAAUUUACACAAAUUAAUUUUUCUAAAACCAAAGUUUACAUCUAAUUUUAAAGUUGAUGAUAUUCCUCAAAUGUCGUAUGUAACACAUUUAUCAAUUUCACUUAAUUCUACGACUCAAUUAUUGAAACUAUUUAAAUUAUUUCCAAAUCUUGAAAAAUUAAAUCUAUCAAUAAUACGUCUCGAUUCAUACCCAAUGUACCAUUCCGAGAUACCAAUUACUUUAAGAAAAUUACAUUUACAAUUUCUGACGCAUCAAUAUGAUGGUUAUCCAAAUUUAGAUUGUUUACAGAAAUUCUUGAAUAUAUUUCAAAGUCAAUUACAUAUUCUCAGAUUGAUUAUUAUCAAUGCUCAAAUAGAAUUUUCUAAUUUCGAUAAAUUUCAAAAUUUGAUUAAGAACUUUGAAGAUCUGAAAUCUUUUCAAUAUAAUAUUCAUACAAAUUAUAAGCCUGAUAAAAAGUUUCCAAAUAUAAAACAGUUGCCGAAAUUACGAUACACUAUGUUUACACUUCCACGAAUUCGAUCGUUUGAUACUGGUUCCAAUGGAAUAUACCAAAUAUGUGAUCUUAAUUCAAAUCUUACGUUAAAAGAGUUAUUUGAUAGUUGUGAAGUUCGGCUGGAUCGUAAUUAUUAUAAUGAAAGAUUUUCAAUUCCGACUUUUCAGUUCACCAAUACUUUUGUACUUGAAAAUUUAACGAGAAUUUGUUUUGAACGUUGUAUUGAAGAAACCUUACCUGAAAUUUGUCGUUUCAUAUCAAAUAUUAUAACUUUAUCGCCAAAUCUCACGUCUUUUAAGGUUCAUAGUCGCGAUGAAAUGAAAUUAAUUCAGCAUUUGAAAGAAAUUUUUCGUCCUCAUAAAUCAAAUAAUAUUUUAAAUUUAGAACUUAUUAUUUCUUGGGAAAAUAUGAAUCGAUUAACGACAUUCUUCUAUGAUCUUUCAAUUAUGUUUCCAAAAAUAAACUCGUUAGUAUGUCCAUCUAUUGGACAAUCACCUCGUACCGCUAAUCUUCUUCAAGAUUUACGAACAUACUUUCCUAAACUUAAUCGAUUACAACUGGAAAUGAUCGAUCAAGAAGACUUUAGGUAUUUUAAGAAAUAUUUAAAAGAAAGUCGACGACAAUUCCAAAGUAAAUAUUCUUUUACAAUUGAUCAAGAUCAUCGUAAUUCGUACGGCUUUUAUACUUAUCGCAUUCGUUUAUAUUAA